GACACCCAGAUCCAGCUGGAUGACGCAGUCCGUGCCAACGACGACCUGAAGGAGAACAUCGCCAUCGUGGAGCGGCGUAACAACCUGCUACAGGCAGAGUUGGAGGAGCUGCGGGCCGUGGUGGAGCAGACGGAGCGGUCUCGGAAGCUGGCUGAGCAGGAGCUGAUCGAGACCAGUGAGCGGGUGCAGCUGCUGCACUCCCAGAACACCAGCCUCAUCAACCAGAAGAAGAAGAUGGACGCAGAUCUGUCCCAGCUUCAGACUGAAGUGGAGGAGGCCGUGCAGGAGUGCAGGAAUGCCGAGGAGAAGGCCAAGAAGGCCAUCACAGAUGCUGCCAUGAUGGCAGAGGAGCUGAAGAAGGAGCAGGACACCAGCGCCCACUUGGAGCGCAUGAAGAAGAACAUGGAGCAGACCAUCAAGGACCUGCAGCACCGGCUGGACGAGGCCGAGCAGAUUGCCCUCAAGGGCGGCAAGAAGCAGCUGCAGAAGCUGGAGGCCCGGGUGCGGGAGCUGGAGAAUGAGCUGGAAGCUGAACAGAAGCGCAACGUGGAGUCAGUCAAGGGCAUGAGGAAGAGUGAGCGCCGCAUCAAGGAGCUGACCUACCAG